AUGCAGUUCUCGGAAGAGAAGCUCGUUGAAGGUAUCAAUGGCGCUAAUGCCGAAAAUGAAAGAAAGGAAAUAGCUUCACUCGCCAAGGAAAAGGUUACUUUCAUGGCUUGUUCUCAAGGUGCCAUUGCCAGUAUUGGUGGCCUCAUUUUCGGAUAUGUUAGUGGUCAGAUUUCUGGCUUCUUCCUCAUGGAUGACUUUGCCAGGCGAUUUGGUGAGCCUCAGCCCGACGGUGCACACAUCUUCAGCGCAGCGCGUCAAGGAACCAUAGUUGGUAUGCUCAGUGUCGGUGCCGCGGUUGGCUCGCUCAUCGCUGGUAAGCUGGCUGAUAAAAUUGGACGACGAAAGAGUAUAUCUGCAGCUGCCCUUUUCGCCUGCAUUGGAACUACGAUUGAAAUUUCUUCUUCAAACCAAUGGAUUCAGUUCGCCAUGGGACGCUUCGUGAGCGGUGCCAGCAUCGGAGCCCUCUCAGUCGUUGUCCCCAUGUACCAGUCCGAAUCUGCUCCCACCGUCAUCCGUGCCGUGAUUGUUUCUUCUUACCAGCUUUUCGUUACGCUGGGCAUCUGGAUGGCAGAAAUGGUGAAUUGGGGGACGCAAGGUCAAGAGAGCAGCGCUUCUUGGCGGACCACCAACGGUUUGUCGUUUGCGUGGGCUGUUCUUCUCGGAACCCUCAUACUUUCCAUGCCCGAGAGUCCCCGUUACGACUGCAACCGCGGGCAGGUUGAGCGCGCUCGUGAGACGAUUGCAAAGCUAUCCGGGCUUUCGGUGGAUUCCCAACUAGUGACUCGCGAAAUCGCCGAUAUCCAGGCAAACUUACACCAAGAGAGCCAAAGCUCAGCGGAAUUCAGCUUCUCCGAAAUCCUGACUGCGCCGCGCAUUCUUUAUCGUACUGUCCUUGGAAUCGCCCUCCAGGCAGGACAGCAGCUAACCGGCGCGAAUUUCUUCUUUUACUUUGGCACAGCCGUGUUUGCGGCCGCUGGUGUCAAAAACAGCUACACCACCAUGAUAAUCCUAGGCUCCGUCAAUAUGGCAGGCACUUUGAUUUCUCUAUGGGUAACCAAGAGAUUCGGUCGCCGCAGCGUGCUUAUGAUUGGCGCCGCUUUGAUGACAAUAUGUUACUUCGUAUUUUCCUUUGUCGGACAAUUUGCCCUCGAUCAUAGCAACCCGACAAACACCCCCGCAGCUGGAUCUGUCUUGGUUGCCUUCUCCUGCUUCGCCAUUGGUGCGUUUGCUGUGAGCUGGGGUCCGUUGGUGUGGGCCGUCAACUCAGAGCUGUAUCCCCUGCGCUAUCGCAGUGUUUGCAUGGGUUUGGCAACGGCCUCCAACUGGCUGUGGAAUUUUUUGAUCUCGUUCUUCACCCGCUUUAUCACGGAUAAAAUUGGCUACUUGUACGGCUUGGUCUUUGCGGGCUGCUGCUCUGCUCUCGUACUCAUCGUGUUUUUUUUCGUCAUCGAGUCCAAGGAUCGCAGCCUCGAGGAGAUUGACGCCAUGUAUGUGCAUAAGGUCAAUCCAAUCCAAUCUGGUCACUCAACCGGCCACUGGAACUGGGACGAGUACCGUCAAGGCAUCGGGAAACGGAAUGCGGCGCGCGCCGAGGCUCAGACUCGCUGA